ACUCGUACUUCACCUCGUUAAAAGGACUGCGUGAAACCCUUGAACGACAAAUGGGAAGAAUGCCGCACACUCACAGGGACAUAAUCAACGUGGACUUAAUUCUAUUUUUCCAAGUGUGGAUAAUUCCGUGUUUGUGAUCACAAAUCGUCAGAUGCUACGAGCAAUCUCUGUGCAUUUUUUCCAUGCAAGGAUACUUUUUUCUUUUGAACGACUGAAGUACCAACGACCUCUUACAAGUGAGCGUGGCCGCAGAAAGAGCACUUUUGGAGGGCUACCGGCUGUCUUGCAUCAAUUGUCUACUUACAAGCAAUACAUGAGUAAAAGCACCACUUUGGUUAAAGUUACUUUGUGGAGUGGUAAUUGUAAUACAUAUUUUUAAAGUACCAGAUCUCACGCAGUAGUCUACUUAAGUAAGAAAUGUAAUUGCAUAUUUGUAUUUAUUUCAUUUACUUCAUCAGCAUGUAGACUGAUGAGCAAAGGUAGUUUUCACAUAUUACCCUGGCAUGUACCUUCCCCAGAUGCCUAAACAAAGUCCAGACAUGUGCUCAUCCUAUUCAGCAUCUGCUGCCGAGAUGUGUGAGGAGCAUAGUCAGCAUUAGGUGUUUCCAUCUUCAGUUCCAUCGGUUUGUGUUGUAUCUCUCGGGCAACUAUUUCAUCCUUUCUACUCAGUGGUAUAUUUUCACGUUUUCUCUGGAGACAUAUAUUGUAGAAAUGAAUGAAGACAAUGCAUAGGAAAAAGUUUACAUUUUACUUGGGAAAUGUAGUGGAGUAAAAGUGAAAGUUGCCAGAAACAUAAAUAACAAAGUUAGGGUAUUCAAACGUGAAACUUCAAUACAAUACAAUUACAAUACAAGACUGCACCUGAUAGCCAUUUACCUCCAUCACGUAGCUCUGACUCUCCUGAUUUCCCCACAAGCAAUAGAGUCAUGUCUCCCACAAUGGUAGAACACAACAGCUUGGAUGUUAUGUGCCUGAACAAAUACUGCAACAGCUCCUCAUCGUCUUCCAGCUCAGAGAACGAAAAAACAAUUUGGACAAAACUGAAACUGAAUUUGGCAGAGGAUUACCCGAGGAAGAACGCAGAGAUUCUGAGUGGACAAUAUGGGACCAAUGUGCUGCUGAUUGGAGCGGCGCUCAUGCUGGCCCUGGCCCACCACAACCCAUCUGUCAAGGAAGAUCACCUGUUGUCUUUUCUCACCUGCCUCAUGAUACUCCAGCUCGUCUGGAUGCUGUGGUACAUGAUGGUGCGGCGCAGACAUAAGAACACACGCACAGAGAAGGAUGUCCAUGCCACCACAUGCUGGAUCAGAGGUGGUUUGACUCUUCUUGCACUCCUUUCAAUGAUCAUGGACGUGUUCCGAAUCGGAUAUUAUGUUGGAUAUCAAGGUUGUGUGUCGGCCAUUCUCGGGGUUUAUCCUGUCAUCCAUGCAAGUCAUACCAUAUCACAGGUGCACUUUCUCUGGUUUCACAUCAAGGAUGUCAUUAAAAGCUUUGAAACAUUAGAGAGAUUUGGUGUAAUCCAUGCAGUUUUUACUAACCUUCUCCUCUGGUCCAGUGGUGUGAUGUCAGAAGCCGAGCACUUCUUGAACAACCAUAAGAGAAGGCUCUCUGCGCUGGGAUAUGAAAACCUCACUAUAGUUCACAACGAGCCUCAGUGUAACUGCACCACCAGCACAUGUUCUAUGUUCUCCAACAGUCUCUACUAUCUCUAUCCCUUCAACAUUGAAUACCACAUCUUUGUCUCCGCUAUGCUUUUUGUUAUGUGGAAGAACAUUGGAAGGACAAUUGACCUUUCUUCUAAUCAGAAACGGUUGGCUACCAAAACUCAAGGUCUGACCCUAGGCCCCAUUCUGGGUCUAAUUGCCCUCGCAAGCACCAUUGGGAUUCUGGUGGUUUACAUAACACACGUAGAGGGUUCAGUUCAAACACGGCGGUCAGCAAUUUCCAUGUUCUACAUCUAUGGCAUUGUCAUGCUGGUGUUUAUGUGCUCUGCCUGUGCUUCAGGUUUGCUUAUAUAUCGAGCAGAUCACAUACCACCGGACGUUUCUAAGAACCCCUCAAGGCAGCUGGAUACAGAGCUGCUUUUUGGAUCCUCUAUUGGCUCCUGGUUCAUGUCCUGGUGCAGCAUAGUAGCUGUGCUGGGAGCCACCAGCAGUCCCCCUUACCGCUGGACCAAUUUGAUCUAUUCUCUGCUUGUUGUAUUGGAGAAGUGCAUCCAAAACCUCUUUAUCAUAGAAUCUCUCUACCGCCAGCAGGACAAUGCUGGGCGGUGUGACCCCGAAUUAGUAGCUUCGCCUGAAAUCUUCUCAGUGACUUCAUCUUUGGCCCCACCUUACAAUGGAAUCUUCAACCGAGCUUAUGACACACCGGACAGGGCUUGUGUUGCUAUGGAGAACGAGCAGGAAGAGAGUGGACAGGUGUACAAAUGUCCAGGGAAGCCAUCUGAUGUGGCAACGCCUUUUGGAAACCAAGUGGCCAAAACUCCAAACCUCAAGAGGCAAAUCCUAAAGAACAUUGCUGUCUUCCUGAUUAUGUGCAACAUCUCGCUUUGGAUCCUCCCCGCCUUUGGCUGUCGGCCGCAGUAUGAGAAUGGGCUGGAACAGGAGGCUUUUGGUUUCAGCAUAUGGACUACAACACUCAACUUUGCAGUUCCUUUAAACCUAUUCUAUCGCAUGCACUCGGUUGCUUCUCUGUUUGAGGUCUUCCGUCGUGUCUAACAGAAACACAGUAAUGCACAAUAAGACUUGCCAAUGCUGACGACUCUGAGUGUUUCCUAGCAAUGCUCAAACACUCACCAGACUUGAAAGUAAGCCAUGGCACCAAAGAUAACUUUCUGUAUUCCUGAAAAUGAACAAUUCCCCAUAUUAACCUGUGUCCCUUGAAGAAUUUCAAUGCACAUGUAAGUUUAAAAAAAAAAAACAACAAAAAACUUCAUACAAUAUCUGAAGCUUUUUGUUUUCUAUUGCCACAGUUCAGUAAAUUUGGUUUUAUAAAUUCUUUGUAUAUAAUGUGCAUAUUAUGUGCACCUGGGUACAGUGGGGCAAAUACAGUGCCUUGCAAAAGUAUUCGGCCCCCUAGAACCUUGCAACCUUUCGCCACAUUUCAGGCUUCAAA